AUGCUCGAAGAGCAGGCACUCCACGCGAGCGGAUACCUUGAAGCGUGCGAUCUUUCCACUUCGCCGUCCUCUCCCUGCCUUCUGCGCGCUGCUGCUGCUUGCAGCAUGGUUCUAUUCUCUUCUCCAAGCUUCUCAGAGUCCUCGCCCAUAAGAAUUCCACUAUAUCAUAAUCGGAUGCUCGAAGAGCAGGCACUCCACGCGAGCGGAUACCUUGAAGCGUGCGAUCUUUCCUCUUCGCCGUCCUCUCCCUGCCUUCUGCGCGCUGCUGCUGCUUCCAUCAUUCUUCUAUUCUCUUGUCCAGGCUUCUCAGAGUCCUCGCCCCUCAGAAUUCCACUAUAUCAUAAUCGGAUGCUCGAAGAGCAGGCACUCCACGCGAGCGGAUACCUUGAAGCGUGCGAUCUUUCCUCUUCGCCGUCCUCUCCCUGCCUUCUGCGCGCUGCUGCUGCUUCCAUCAUUCUUCUAUUCUCUUGUCCAGGCUUCUCAGAGUCCUCGCCCCUCAGAAUUCCACUAUAUCAUAAUCGGAUGCUCGAAGAGCAGGCACUCCACGCGAGCGGAUACCUUGAAGCGUGCGAUCUUUCCUCUUCGCCGUCCUCUCCCUGCCUUCUGCGCGCUGCUGCUGCUUGCAGCAUGGUUCUAUUCUCUUCUCCAAGCUUCUCAGAGUCCUCGCCCAUAAGAAUUCCACUAUAUCAUAAUCGGAUGCUCGAAGAGCAGGCACUCCACGCGAGCGGAUACCACAGGCGUGCGAUCUUUCCACUUCGCCGUCCUCUCCCUGCCUUCUGCGCGCUGCUGCUGCUUGCAGUAUGGUUCUAUUCUCUUCUCCAAGCUUCUCAGAGUCCUCGCCCAUAA